CAUAUAGUGUUUGCACGUGUAGUGCAAUUGAAUGACAAAUUGACAGUUCAAUAGUUAGAGUAUACAGUACUGUAUAUACAGUAAUAUCAAUUGACAACAAUAGCAUCAAUGCAUUAGUGAUGCAAUCAAUUGUCAAUUGAAUGUCUAUUGAUGUCUAUUAUAGCAAUGCAUUCAUUCAAUUGAUAUUAUUGUUGACGAUAUGACACAAUCGACAACACAAUCAUAUAUACAUCCAGUGAUGGCUUUGCGUUAAUGUUUUGUUUUGACUCAAAAUAAUUGUAUAAUUUUGUUGAUAAUUUCAAUCGACAUUCAAUCCAAUAUAAUAUACGUUAAUUGUAAAAUAUUUGAUGAUAUCUUAAAGGCAUAAUCAAUAAUAAUGAAUGGAUAUAACAACAACAGUAUUGUCCMGACAAUCGGUUUACAGAGAGAUAAGUUAACACUUAAGAGUGAAUUAAGACAUUUGUCGAUCAAAGAUCGUCACCAAUUGUCGACACUGUUGGACACAAAUCAUGGAUGGAAACAAUUGGCAACUGUUAUACCAAAACCCGAUGACGGGAACGGCCUAUUGAUCUCGAGCUCAAACAUAACAGUUUUGGAGGAUCUGAUUAAAAUAGGAAAGAGUCCGACACAAGCUUUGAUUGACUUUUGGGGAACAAGUGGUAGAAAGAGAGCCACAAUUGAAGAUAUGGUKAAACUAUUAAAUAAUUGUCAUUUAUAUAGGGCUUCACUUUUUAUAGUUAAAGACGUACUUAAAAUUGAAUCCUUUGAGCAUUCAAUUGAUAGCAACUUAAAUAAUGACAAUUAUCUCAUAAAUAGUGAUGAAAAAUGUUACGAUAAGUUAAUGAGUACAUUAAGUAUUGCUAAUACUAGUGCUGCUAAUAAAUGCGAUAAAUUAGGUAACGAUAACAAGUGUUAUCAUAUAAAUGAGUUAUCGAUGAAAUUGUGCCAAUUGUCUGAUGAUAAUAAAUAUAAUACUAAUAGUAAUCACUUAAUAGAUCCGUCGGCACCAAAUGAAUCACAAAUUAGUUUUAGCGAUAGUUAUAAAAUACAAACUGACAAUAAUGUCAAUGGUUUAACUGAAAAUUUGAUUCAAUAUUGUUAUAAUGAUAUUUCUAAUACCACUAAUAGUUUUAGUGAUAAUUUCAAGUUAGGUGAGGGAGCUUUUGGUGSUGUAUUUCGGUGUCAAUUCACCCAAAGUGAAGACCCGAUUGCAGUUAAACGACUUAAAGUUGAUUUUCAAAAGCAAUUUCUCUCUGAACUCAAAGUAAUGACUAAAUUUUCACACAAAAACUUAUUAUCCAUUCGUGGCAUUUCAACAGAUGGUCCAUCACUUCUUAUAGUAUAUGACUAUAUGUCUAACGGAUCACUUCAAGAUUGUCUACAAUAUAGGCCACAAUAUAUAAAUUGGAAACAAAGAUUAAGCAUAACUUUGGGAACCGCAGARGGUAUCUGUCAUUUACAUACUUUUAAUUCAAAACCAUACGUUCAUCGGGAUAUCAAAAGUGCAAAUAUAUUACUCGAUGACAAUUUCAAUGCUAGAGUUGGUGACUUUGGAUUAGUUAGAAUAGGUGGCUCCGGGACUAAUACAUCUACUUCACCUCUGGCUACUACUAUAAUUGGCACCACUAUAUACAUGGCACCGGAAGCAUAUCGUGGAGACAUUAGUGUAAAACUGGAUACAUUUAGCUUUGGUAUUGUUUUACUCGAACUAUUAACUGGUUUGAAACCCUAUGAUGAAAGCCGUGAGGGUUAUGACCUCUUGUCAUAUAUUGAGGAAAAGGCAAUAGAUUUUGAAGACAACGAUAAAAAUUUUAUCGAAACUAUUAUUGAUAAAACUAUUGGACAUUUGAAUGACAUGAUUGGCCUUCAAUUAUAUGAAAUAUCGCGUAAAUGUGUUGAACAACGUAAAAAAUGUCGGCCCUCAAUGACCCAGGUUUUGGAAUCCUUAAAGAAAAUUGAGUUCAUUUGACAUUCAAAAAUAGUUUACUUUUUAAAAAGCUUUUUUAAUUAUACAUUUUUUCUCACAACUCAUAACAUAUUAGUAAU